AAAGGGAUGGUGCUUAUCCGAUGCGUCGCGCCAGAAUAUACAAACAAGAGAGAGAGUUUGGUAGCAUGAACUGCUUGACCCUACAAGAGUUAUUAAGGUUAUCAAACUGUCACACUCCGAUUCAUCCUUUUAUUUCUUCAUAAGAAGCAAUUUCUAUCCAUCAAACUACACAUAUUUUUUGGUUAUAUCGCUUCGGUUUACGGAUUACCUGCUCAUUGAUUUGUAUUCCUAAUCUAUUUGGCGAUUUCUGUGUGUCAAUCGGGUCGGAUCUCCUCAAGAUGUUGUUGUCUCGCCGGAUUCUAAGUGGAAGGUCUUGGAACUCCGGUAGGAGAUGCUUGUGUUACCUCACUUCGAUACCUCCAACGACGGUGGUAAAACCACCUACCAUUGCCCAAUUCUCAAGCGCAGCUCUACCUUUUUCGAAGGCAAAGUUUGACUGCUCUUACAAGUUGAACAAUUGUUACAAUGUCAUGGGGCACUACUUUUCAACUAAUGCACUGGAUAGUCAAGCAGUUGAUGGUGUUGUUGAUGUACCUUUAGCACAAACUGGUGAGGGUAUUGCAGAAUGUGAACUCCUCAAGUGGUUUGUACACGAGGGAGACCAAGUUGAAGAAUAUCAACCUCUUUGUGAAGUUCAAAGUGAUAAAGCAACUAUAGAGAUAACAAGUCGCUAUAAGGGGAGAGUUUUUAAGGUUCUGCAUAUUCCUGGUGACAUUGUGAAGGUUGGAGAAACUCUAUUAAAAUUAACGGUCGAUGAUUCUCCAGUUGCAUUUGCUGUUUCUGAGACAUUACUAAGUUCUGAUACAUCUAAUUCUGAUACAUCUAAUUCUGAUGACCUCAAGCCAGAGCUCAGAAAAACUCAACAGGGUGGAGCUUUAUCCACCCCUGCUGUUCGGGUCCUUGCAAAGCAGCAUGGUAUUGAUAUUGAUGAUGUCCUUGGAACUGGUAAAGAUGGAAGAGUAUUAAAAGAAGACAUCCUCAAAUAUUCUGUGGAAAAAGGAAUUAUUACCGACAAACCUGUGUUUAAUCCUAGUUCUAUCGAACCCAUGUCGGGACCAGAAGAAAAACUCCAUGAGAUAGCCGAGUCACUUUAUCAGGAUAAGAUAUUAUCUCUGAGGGGUUAUCAGCGUGCAAUGGUUAAGUCGAUGACUGCAGCUGCUAGUAUUCCUCAUUUUCAUUAUGUGGAAGAAAUAAACUUUGAUGGGCUUGUAGAGCUUAAAGCAGCUUUCCAAAAAGAGAAUUCUGAUCCAGAUGUCAAAUUCACGUUCCUACCCGUGAUGAUAAAAUCGCUUUCCAUGGCUUUGACUACACAUCCCAUAGUCAAUAGUACCUUCAAUUUGGAAAAGUAUGAAGUCACUCUAAAAGGCUCUCACAACAUUGGAAUUGCCAUGGCUACACCAGCUGGACUAGUAGUACCGAACAUCAAGAAUGUUCAAUCUCUUUCCAUAUUGGAGAUAACUAAGGAACUAUCACGGCUACAAAAGUUGGCGAUGGCAAACAAGCUUCCACCUUCAGAUAUAUCUGGUGGAACCAUAACUUUGAGCAAUAUUGGCUCGAUUGGUGGGAAGUUUGGUUCACCCCUCAUUAAUGUUCCUGAAGUUGCCAUCAUAGCCCUUGGUCGAGUUCAGAAAGUUGCUCAUUUCAGGGAUGACGGAACCGUUUACCCUGUCUCUCUUAUGACGGUGGACGUAGCAGCAGACCACAGAAUUCUUGAUGGAGCAAAUGUUGCGCUAUUCUGCAAAGAAUGGAAGCUGUUCCUUGAAAAACCGGAGUUGCUGUUGCUGCAUAUGAGAUAAUCUGUCAUUUAGCUGUCAUCUUCAUUAGUCGUUCUCGUUUCCUACAUGCUUGGAAUUUGCCGUGGUGUUUCUUACAAGUUGUUGCGGAUCAUGCGUGUGACGAGUUUCUAGCCAAAUUGAUGAGAUGCAGGCUAUGGAAAUGGAACACAUGUUCUUUCCUAGGUUGACUUUGAUGGAUUUUAGUUAAAACGCUGUUCAACAUGAAUCUAUCUUACUUCAAAAAUAGAAAGUAGCUCCCAAAACCCGACAAGUUGUUGAAUCAAAAAGUUUGUUUUGUUAAUAAACGUUGUUUUAAAGAAGUAAUUUUAAUGACAAAAAAGAGCGAU